CCACUGUUCAUUCCAUCCCUGAACCAAACCAACCUUCCAUGCUCAGAUCUGCUUCCCGUCUCCGGCAUCAUGGCCUCCGAGCAGCAAAAGAAGAAGAAUAUCGUAAUAAUCGGUGGCGGUAUCAUUGGUUCCACAACCGCAUACUUCCUCUCGCACCAUGAGAAGUUUGAUAAAGAGCGGGAUUCCAUAACGCUGCUGGAGGCGACGCAGAUUGCGGGCGGUGCGUCGGGCAAGGCGGGCGGAUUGCUGGCGCUGUGGGCGUAUCCGAGUUGUAUUGUUCCGCUGAGCUAUCGGUUGCAUAGGGAGCUUGCGGAAAAACAUGGAGGAGCGGAGCGCUGGGGCUACCGCGCCGUGCACUGCGGCCAAGUCGACAUGUACGGCAUACUCGCCAAAUCCAAAGCGCCCUCCUCCACUGACUCCUCCUCCAACCUGGACUCCAUCUCCCUGCAAAAGCGCUCCGAAAAAGCCAAGCGCCUCCUCCGCGCCGCCGGCGUCCCAAAAGAGCUCGACUGGCUCGCCGCCGAAGGCCUCCAGAGCUACGACGCCAUGGGCGACCCCAGCACCACCGCGCAAGUCCACCCCUACCAGUUCACAACGAGCAUGGUGCAGCUCGCGCAAGAAAAAGGCGUCUCCGUCCUCUACGGCGCCGCAACCUCCAUCAACCAGGAGCAACCCGACGGCGCCGUAACCUCCGUCUCCUACACCGACAAAGAAACAGGGGAGGAAAAACAGCUCCCCGCCACCACCGUCAUCCUCACCGCAGGCCCCUGGACGAAAUCCAUCUACCCGGCCGCACCCAUCUCCGCGCUGCGCGCGCACUCCGUGACCAUCCGGCCCAGUCGCCCCGUCUCCGCUUACUGCCUCUUCACAUCCAUCGAGCUCCCCCGCGACAAGAGUGGUCGCAAGGCGCAGACCGUAACACCCGAGAUCUACGCGCGCCCCAACAACGAAGUCUACGCCUGCGGCGAGGGCGACACGCUGAUCCCGCUGCCGACCAGCAGCGACUUAGUGCAGGUCGACCAGGCGCGCUGCGACGACGUCGUCGAGCAGGUAUGCUCUAUCUCCGAGGAGUUGCGGGACGGCGAGGUGACGGCGCGCCAGGCGUGCUAUCUGCCGAAUGUGAGUAGUGGGCGGGGCCCGCUGGUGGGCGAGACGGGUGUGAAGGGGUUGCUGGUGGGCGCGGGGCAUACGUGUUGGGGGAUUCAGAAUGCGCCGGGGACGGGGAAGUGUCUGAGUGAGUUGGUGUGGGAGGGGGCGGUUAGGAGUGCGGAUUUGAAGAGCUUGGAUCCGAGGAGGGUUAUGUGAGAGUGGGCUGGGUUGAUGUGGAGGCUGACGGGAAGGAGGGUGUGUUUGGUUGGGGAGGAUUGUGGUAGGAUGGGUGAUUGCGAGGAGUAGGAGAAGUGCACACUGAUAUGUAUGGAUAGUCAGUGCACUAUUCCCUAUAGUGUUGUUUCUCUUUAGUAAGAAUGAAGAGGAUGUGAGGGACUUCAGCCAGAUCCC